GGGCAAGCGCGUCCGCCCGGCGGGAUGUUCGCGGCGCUGAACGAGCUGCUCGGCGUCUCCGUGGAGCAGCCGGAGCGGAGCCAAUUGACGCUGCUUUGCGCCACAAAGACGGACGCCGGCUUCCUGGUCCACCAUUUUCUCUCCUUCUACCUCAGAGCCGGGUGCAAAGUCUGCUUCCUCGCAUUGGCGCAAUCCUUCAGCCAUUACUCCUUCGUGGCUCAAAAGCUGGGAGUGAAUCUCCUCACCGCCAAGGAACAGAAUCAGCUGAUUUUCUUCGAAGGCCUGAAAUGGGCUAACCAGGUCCUGUUUAGCGACGGACAAGAAUCCGAGGACCCCAACCCUUUCCAAUUUAUCAGCGGAGAUGGCUCGGAUCUGAAAGGUCUUUACGAGUUUGUCCGGACAGCCGUGAAUCCUCCGACUGGUGGACAUCGGUGGAAAUUCUCCGUUCUGAUCGUGGACGAUCUCGGCGUCCUCUUGAGUCUCGGGGUGCGACUGGUGGAUCUUCUGAACUUUGUUCAUUAUUGCCGGGUGACCGUGAACGCCGAAUUGAAGGGGAACCUGGUUUUCAUGGUGCACAGCCGGGAAGAUUCGGAGGACGAAGAGAACGAGACGUUGGUGAAGGCCCUUCGCCAUCACGCCAGCCGCCUCCUCUGGGCCGAAGGUCUGGCCACCGGCCCCUGCCAGGAGGUGCACGGACAGCUGACCAUCCUGGAAAAGGAUUCCCGGGAAUCGGGCGCCGCGAGGGAUCUCCAGCGGGUUUACCAGUACAAGAUCCUGGACCGGAACGUCGCCUUCUUCGCCCGGGGGAUGUCGGCCGCCGUGCUGUGACGCUGGGGGGCAGAGAGGGUCGGGUUUCGUCCAGAAAGACGCCGUGGGGGAUCCAGGAGGAUCUGGAUCUGGGAUCUCCAGGGGAUCCGAUUCGAUCUGGUCUGGGGCUCCCGGCCAGGAACCCCGCUCGAUCCCGGCCGGUUGAUCGGGAAGACGGAUGGGAAGAGAUUGUGAGGCAAUAAAGGAAGCC